AUGCCGCGCCUCACCCCUCUAUUCCUCCUCUCCGUCUUAGUCGCCGCCACGACGUACAUGUUCUCACCGACCCUCCGAUCCUUCUUCACGACGGUCACCGCAGCCCUCACAUAUGACACGUCUCAGAAAACAGACCCAUCGACGAUGAAGAAAUCCCGAAUGCCAGUCUACUUCUUUUCCCACGGGGGCCCGGAUAUAAUGUACAACAAAGCCCACUCAGUCUACCCGAUCCUUCAACAUAUCGGCGCCGAAAUCACCUCCCUUCGCCCCACCGCCGUCCUCGUCUUUUCGGCUCACUGGCAAUCCCGCACGCCCACCUCCAUCCUCGUAAACUCUGCCCUCUCCUCCCCUUUGAUCUACGACUUCUCGGGUUUCCCCUUGCACUACUACUCUGCAACAUACCCGAACGUCGGCUCCCCACAGCUCGCGAACCGCGUCUGCAACCUCCUCACUUCCCACAACAUCACGUGCGAUGAAACAGAGCGCGGCCUGGACCAUGGCGUCUGGGCCGGUUUCCACGUCGCCUUCCACCCCGAGACGAACCCCCUCAACAUCCCUCUCGUCCAGGUCUCACUCUUUCGAUCCGAGGACCCGGACGCCCACUACCACCUCGGCCGUGCUGUCUCCGCCCUCCGCGACGAGGGCGUUGUCAUCAUCGGCGCGGGCAUGUCGGUGCACAACCUCUACCACAUGGACAGUGGGCCUGAGCCGUUGCCCUAUGCUGUCAGCUUCGACGAUGCCCUUAAAGAGGCGGUGGAAGCCAAGGUUGACGACAGGCAGGAGAAAAUGGCUCAGCUUUGCAGGCGGCCCGACGCCAAACAGGCCCAUCCGUGGAUGGACCAUCUCAUGCCUGUUCAUGUUGCCGCCGGCGCUGCGGGAGAUGACCUCGGGAAGCAGUUGUGGACUAUGAAAGAGGGUGGUUUUGCCUGGGCUCAGUACAGGUUCGGACCCAUACCAUAA